AUGUCUCUCGCUUUCCGCCGUGGAAUCUCUACUCUCAUCCCCCCGAAGGUUGCCUCGCCAUCAGUGAGCUUUACCCCUCUUCCCCACUGUUUUAUCGGGAGUGUCGCGGCCCACCCAUCUAACUGUUCGGUCUAGGGUGUAAGAAUCUCUCUCGUUCUCCUCAAGCCUAUUAUCGCCCUUUGAGAAUACUUGGAGGGAUGGAUCUCUCUUUUAAACGGUUGAAUAUCGAGAUGGUCCAAUUGACUGACGGUUUUUAUAUUCGGAACAGAUCGGAGCUGCGAAGGAUGCAUCUAGGAUGGCUCGUGUCGUAGAUUUCUACGGCAAGCUCCCAAGAGGUAUGGGGCAAUGAGCGCAUAAAGUGAUUUAUGGAGCUCUUUCGUGUUUUUCUCCCGUCGUACUGAGAUAUUUCGUUCAUAGGUCCGGCGCCGGAGGUGAAGCCCACUGGCCCGUUCGAGAGAUACCAGGCCCGGUAUUUUGGGAAGAACCCAAGCGGCAUGCGUAUGUGGUUCUCCCUCAGUUCUCUGCAGUAUAUGCAGACGCGUUAGGCUCGACUAAUGGAUACAAUCAUGAAGCUAUUGUUCACGUUAUCGGGUUUCUCCUUGUCGUAAGCUCGACCGCGGUAUAAAAUAUGUGAAAAUUGAGACUAAUGAACCUGAUUUUACAGUUAGGGUAUGGCCAGGCAUACUACUUCCAUCUUCGUAUGGCUUAUUGCACCCAAUAUAUCACGAUGUCGGUUUCGCUGACGUUUGCAUUAGGCCACCACAAGAACAACGCUCAUUAA